AUGAAGGACAGGUUACAUCAGAAUGAGCAUUUGAAGGUAAACAAGCCUUUGAAACGUGAGCAGUGGGCACAAUCACUCUUCUCCCAGGAGGACUGGAGGGGCUACUGGGAUUUUUGCUACCCCCCUCCAUUGAUGGCUUCUCUUCUUCUCCCUCCGCAGUUCACUUGCUCCCUGCGCCCUUAUCAUCGAAUCAGGGGUCAAAUGCAUUACAACACAAACGUUUUGGGGAAGAACAUGACUAAGUUUACAGUGAGGUUGCUUAACCGCAGUGUUAGUUUUGCAUCAAGGACUUCUCAAGAUGCUGUGGAUGGGUUAAGCGAUGAAAGUGAUGGUGAAAGCUCAACUAAAAAGAAAAGCGCCCCAAGACGUGGAAGAAAGAAAGCCACCGCUGAAACUUCAGGAGGCGAAGGAGACGAAAACCAAAUCAUCACUGGACAAACGGCCGCUGAAGAGACUAAGGUAGUUAAGAGGAGAGGUCGCAAGAAAGCUGCUGUUGCUGCAAGCUCAGAGGAGAAGGAUAAGGCCAAGGAACCGAAGAAGAGGGGAAGGAGAAAAGUUAAGACUGUAGAGGAAUCUAGUGAUGAUGAUGGAGAGCAUCGGAGCAAAGAUUUGAUGCUCUAUAAUGAAGGAGAAGAUCAGACUCAGAUACUGAAUUCUGCCAAUGUUUUGGAAAGUAAAAUAGAGACAGUUCUUCAUGAGGAUAUUGGAGACGUUGACGAUUUAAUUCCGCUAGUGUGCUGCUUUGGACCUGCCAAAUACUCCUUUAUUCCUUCUGGAAGACCAGCCAAUAGGCUGAUAGAUCAUGAGAUUCAUGAUAGAAUGAAGGACAUGUUUUGGUCUCCAGAUAAAUUUGUGAGGGCACCAGGAGGGUCUUCAUCCAAUGUUGCUCUAGCUUUAGCCGCGAUUGGUGGAAGGGUUGCAUUCAUGGGAAAAUUAGGUGAUGAUGAUUAUGGUCAAAGUUUGUUGUAUCACUUAAACAUCAAUGGAGUUCAAACUCGAGCAGUUUGUAUGGACCCUUCAGCGCCAACUGCUGUGUCCUUGAUGAAGGUCAGAACCGAAGGUAGUCUGAAGACAAACUGUGUUAAACCUUGCGCUGAGGAUUGUUUCCUGCAGUCUGAUAUCAACCCGGCAGUUCUAAAAGAGGCUAAGAUGUUUUACUAUAAUUCUUCUGCUUUGCUUGAGCCCACUACAGAGUCAUCAUUGUUGAAAGCUAUUGAUGUUUCAAAGAAAUUUGGUGGUACAAUAUUCUUUGAUCUUAAUCUUCCACUUCCACUAUGGUCAUCCAGUAAGGAAACCAAGUUGCUCAUUAAGGAGGCAUGGGAAGCUGCCGAUAUUAUUGAAGUCACAAAACAAGAACUUGAGUUCCUCUGCGGCAUUAAAUCAUCUGAGAAAUUUGACACAAAUGAUAAUGAUAAGUCUAAAUUCACACACUAUAGUCCAGAAGUUAUUAUGAAAUUGUGGCGCAAUAAUCUCAAGGUCCUCUUUGUGACAAAUGGUACCUCCAAGAUUCACUAUUACACAGAAAAGCACAAUGGCUGGGUCCGUGGUACAGAAGAUGCACCGAUCACUCCUUUCACCAGUGAUAUGUCACAAUCUGGUGAUGCCAUUGUUGCAGCCCUCAUGAGGAUGCUGAUAAUUAACCCUCACCUGGUCACAGACAAGGUUUACUUGCACAAGGCAGUCAAACAUGCUAUUAAAUGUGGUGUCAUCGAUCAGUGGAUGCUUGCGCGAGAGCGGGGCUUCCUUCCCAAAGAAAGAGCAGAUCCAACCAGUGAGCAGUAUGAAGUGAGGUCCAUCACAGAGAAGGAAUACCGCACACUUCCUGAUGCCAUGCAAUCAGAAAACUCGUCAACCAGUGAACUUGCAUACGUGGAGUGA